UCAGCGGCGGCCUCGCGGGAUAUCUCAAAACAGAGGAAAAUGAACGCCGGCCCACCGGCAGGAAGCGCCCUGGCACCCGGCGGGGGCACCGGCCCCACCACCCCCAAGAGGGGCCCACCCAAAUUCAAGCAGAGGCAGACUCGCACAUUCAAGAGCAAGGCCCCCAAGCCAGGCCAGAAGGGCUUCGGCGACGACAUCCCAGGCAUGGAGGGGCUCGGCACAGACAUCACAGUCGUGUGCCCGUGGGAAGCCUUCGGCGACAUGGAGCUCAGCGACCUGGCCAAAUAUGGCAUCAUUUAAUGCCGCCCGCCCUCCUCCCUCCCUCCAUCCCCGGUCGGCUCGUCGGGAUAAGGCGGCCGCUGCCCCCCCCUUUUCCCUCCUUAAGGCCCCUCUCGUCGUCUACCUCCGGCCUCGCUCCACUGAGUGGAGGGAGAAGCUGAAUCAUGCUCUUAUUUUUUAUAUAUAUAUAUAUAUUAUUAUCCAUAUCAUACUGUUUACAGUAUAUAAUACACUUGAAAGACUGACGAGAAAACUUCACACACCCUUUCCUUCCUCCUCCUCCAACUAUUCUAGAGUGCCACCGCCCCAACCCACGCCAAAGGACGCCAGAAAAACUGCUCGACGCUAGUUUGAGUUGCUCCUAGCUGUUUCUUUAAUUGUAAAUACUUUGUACCUUCUUUCCUUUUUUACUUCCUUUCUUGCUAUGCUGCAUUGUACGACUUCACAAGGGGACUGUAAACAUCACAGGGUGCAAGCAGAGCAUGCGGGACGCUGUACUGGUGAACACGACAAUGCACUUUCACCCCUUUAAGAUACUCUCUUCUCCCUCCUUAGAGACCGUCGAUACUGCAAAAUUUGUGUUGCAAGCGCAAAAAUGAGAAAAAAAAAAAGUACUG